AUGCUGUCGAAUCUGCCCAAGAGUAUCACCUCGCCCAUAGAACGCCUUGCUUCGCCGCUCUCCCGACGCAAUACUGCCACAGACGAGCAGCCCUGGCACGCCGCUUUCCCGGAACCCCGUCACAAAGCAGAUAGCAUUCCAGAUGUCGAGAAAGAGGAUGUCCUGGCGUUAUUGAAGGAUGGAAAGGAGCCUGGCUCGCGAGGCGGCUUUUUACUUGUGGAUGUCCGGAGGAACGACCACGAGGGCGGCACGAUCAAAGGUUCCAUCAACCUACCUGCGCAGACGUUGUACCACUCGCUUGGUACAUUGCUAAGACUCUGUCAAGCUGCUGGAGUCAAGGAGGUGGCUUUUUACUGUGGCUCAUCCAGCGGAAGAGGACCUCGUUGUGCUGGAUGGUUCGCCGACUAUCUCGAUGAUCAAGGUGUAAAGGAGGACGAGGUUCGCAGUGUGGUGCUCGAGGGCGGCAUCAAAGGUUGGGUGAAAGGCGGCAAGGACUACAUUCAGUACAUGGACGGAUAUGACAAGUCGACGUGGUAG